GUGAUGAUAAACACUCCUCAUUCCUUAAGCGCUGGCUCGCACCCUAUAAUAUAUAAACCCCACCGUCAAUUUCUUCCUCCUCCUUCUCUUUUGUGUUCACCUCUGCUCAGUUACCAACCACGAUCAAAGUCCUCGCUUCCCGUCCACAGUGAUUGGACGAUCUCGUGAGCCAUGAAUGCUAGACGAGACAACCGUAACAAUAGAGUUUCCCUUUUUGAUGGUAUCGAGGAGGGUGGCAUCAGAGCAUCAUCUCUUUACUCCUCUUCCCACGAAAUUGAUGAACACGAUAAUGAGCAGGCAUUGGAUGGAUUGCAAGAUAGAGUCAGUCUGCUGAAAAGAUUAUCAGGUGAUAUAAAUGAGGAGGUGGAUAGCCAUAACCGCAUGCUGGAUCGAAUGGGGAAUGAUAUGGAUUCAUCAAGAGGAGUCCUUUCGGGCACCAUGGACAAAUUUAAAAUGGUAUUCGAGACCAAAUCCAGCCGGAGAAUGUUUACACUUGUAGCAUCUUUUGUGGUGCUUUUUCUUAUAAUAUACUACCUCACUAGGUAACUUGAUCUUUCAUUCAACUAUCAGCUUUACGUUUGAUCCGAGAGGAAGCUAUUUACUCUAUUACUGUAAUUAAUGCUACUGCUACCCCUGUAAGAUAUUAUGUAUCAAGGUUUGAUGUUUCAAACAGGUAUUGAAUUCAAUCCAACGAGUAAUGUCCAUAUCCGAUUUGCGGUAUA